AUGCUUAGAUUGAUUGAAUACAUGACUAAUAACCCUACUAUUAAACGUUAGAUUUUUGAAUCCUUCAAUUAAGAAGACUUAGAAAAAAUAUUGAAGAAUUUGAAUGAAAAAAAAACAUUUUUCUUCGAAAAGUCUCUUGCAUAUUUUUAUGAAAAUUGUCAAAAUUUUAUGAGAUCUUUUGAUCUAAUUCCAAUAAAUUCUAAGAUAGUAUUGAAUGGUAUCCCAGAAAAAUUGAGUUAGCACAUGACAAGUGAUUUAUCAUAAAAGCUGAACUAAAUUUAACCUUCUGAAAAUAGUUUAUAUUGGUAUUAUCCUUUGUAAUUGACAAGGGAAAAGCUGCCCAACCUAUCUUAUUUUUAACUUAAUUCAAAAGAGUUGAAAAAAUAAGUUAAUGAUUUUGUAGAUCCAUCAGAAUGCAUGAUUGGAACAACUUAUAGAAAGUUACCCAUACGAACUCCUUAAUCAGAUAUUUAAAAUUGGAACAAUAGGCAUGAUCAUCAUCAUAAAAUGAGCAUCCAUCCUGUGAACAAAUAGAUGGCGUCUUUGAUUUUGCCGUUAUAAGAAAUAAAUAAUCCAAGAUAUUACUAGAGAUAUGUAGCAAAAUUUUUCAAUCAAUAAUAAUACAAGAACCUACUUUCAAAUACUCAGAGAGAAGACAUUUCAUUUGAGAAACAACAGCCAAGAUCAUAAAUUCCAAAGAAUAAAUUUUUAUGA